GCGCCCUGACGAUUGCAGGGCUAUCCCAAGGAGCAAACGGGGCCGGGCAGGGCUCGGGGGUGCCCGCAGAGCCCCGGACCGGGCCGGGCACAUUCCAGGGCCGCGGGAGGAGCCGCUGGAACGGGAAUUGCCCAACGCGUCCGGGCUGACUCAGCCCGGGCGGGGCUCCCCGACUUUCCCCGGGCUUUCUUUUUCCCGAUCCCACAAACUCCGAACCGGAGCGGAGCCGCCGCCUGUCCCAGCCAUGCCCACGGAGACGGAGCGCUGCAUCGAGUCGCUGCUGGCCGUGUUCCAGCGCUACGCCGGGCGCGAGGGCGACGCCUGCACGCUCUCCAAGCGGGAAUUCCGCGCCUUCAUGGACACCGAGCUGGCCGCCUUCACCAAGAACCAGAAGGACCCGGGCGUGGUGGACAGGAUGAUGAAGAAGCUGGACAUGAACAGCGAUGGGCAGCUGGACUUCCAGGAGUUCCUGAACCUCAUCGGGGGCAUCGCCGUGGCCUGCCACGACUCCCUGGUGCUCAAGGCCCCCAAACCCUGAAUCCAGAGGCUCCGGCUCCCCCCAGAAUUCCCUAUGGAAUGCUGGAAAUGAUGGAAUGCUCGCAUUCCCUUUUUUUUCACCCCUUGCUUUUUUAUGGAUAAAUAAAAGGUUGAAGACCCCGA